AUGUAUCGAGCACUGCUCCUAUUAAGUAGCCUGCCAUUCACAGCCUGGGCGCAACAAGGCAACGCCACCUCGGCUACAGAGCUGCCCUUCAACAUCACCGAAGCGACCGUCGAGGGCGACGCCAACUACACCGCACCAAUCUUCCCCAUCCUGCCCUUCAACAAGUACUCCGGCAACCCCAUCCUGACGCCGAACCCGGCCAACGAUUGGGAGUCGGCCUACCUGUACAACCCGACGGCCAUUGUGCUCAACGAGACCAUUUUCCUGCUAUAUCGCGCGCAGAAUGAGUCCAAGACGUCGUCUAUUGGCCUUGCAUGGUCGACGGAUGGCGUGAGCUUCACGCGUCUGUCCCAGCCCAUCCUCUACGCGACCGAGGCGUGGGAAGCGAUCGGUGGGACCGAGGAUCCGCGGCUGGUGCGCAUCAACAAUACCUUUUACAUGACCUACACAGCCUUUGACAACUCGUCCGCCCAACUCUGCAUUGCCAGCUCUACCGAUCUGCUGAACUGGACGAAACAGCCACCCUUGUUUCCGGGGUGGCAGGAUGUCGCUUACUCGGACAUUGACGUGCCCAGCCCGCGGCUCAACCACAGCAAAUCCGGCGCCAUCGUCAGCGAGCCCACCGCCGACGGUCUGUAUCACAUGUAUUUUGGAGAUUCGUUCUUCUACCACGCCACAUCGCCAGACCUGCGGAACUGGACUGCUCAGCCGCCGGACGCAUACUUCGCCGCCCCCAUGAAUCCCUGGGAGAACCGGUUGAUUGAACCUGGGCCGGCACCGAUCAAGACGCGAGACGGCAAGUGGUUGCUCGUAUACAACGGCAUGACCACAGGGCGUGUUGGUUACCCGCAGAACCAGUACUCGGUGGGACAGAUGUUGAUCGAUCCGACGCUGAGCUUCUUGCCCAACUUGACCGUGCAGGAAGGGCAGUACCAACCAGCAUUGAGGAAUGGGCCUGUGGCUAGACUGGAACACCCUUUGCUAGUGCCGGAAGCAGGCAACGAGCAGGAAGGGCAGGUUGACCAGGUGGUCUUUGCCGAAGGCCUUGUGCAGUUCAAGGGCAAGUGGUAUCUCUACUACGGCCAGGGAGAUAGUGAGCUCGGCGUGGCCAUUGCCGAUGUACAGCCAUAG